CAGUACACCACCGUGGAUUCAGUUCGGUCUGUUUGAGCUUGUUCUUCGAUGUUAGAUUGUUUUCCAAAAUGUCAGCAGCUCCUCUCCAAAAAGUAGUCUUCGGCAGCUGUCAGGAGAGGAAACUCUUUCCCGGCCAUUAUGCGCCAAACCGUUUGGGAAACCAAAUGUCGCGACAGGAGGCGCCGCAUCUCGGGCCCGGCUGCUAUGACAACCAUGAGUUUGGUACCAUAGUGUAUGAUUUACAGAAGAAACCAGAGAGCAAGAAGGGAUAUGUUGUUGCUGCCAGGACUGCUGCACGCCUUGUGCCCUGUGAGAAGACAGGGACCCCGUCACCUCAGAAGUACCAGCAGGACCACAGCCAGUCCACAGUCGCCUCUCCUGGCAGAACUCCGUUCAGCUCGAGCGCAGCGAGGUUCAAGAGCAAGGCCAGCUCAGUGGCAGACAACCGAGGCCCUGGGACGUACGCUCAUGAUGUGGAGGGGAACAGGAAAGUGAGCUGGCCAAUGUGCUUUGGACGCCCAGACUGGUCUGCACUGCCCCAGCUGGAGAAGAGAUCACUGAGGGUAAAGCUACACUGUGAGAAGGACUUCCUGAAGCAGAGGAGCAGAGUGGCAUACCUGAGUUUGUACUACUGA